AUGAAAGACAUGUUUUGGUUAACGAUCGAUGCGGCCCUGGACUCCCGGCUUGAAGUCCCGUGGCCAUUCUACAGAGUCGAGCCCUUUGAGGCCAUGCUGGGAGCACAACUAGGUUGCCGGUUGAGCCUGCUGGAUCUCGUCUCCUUCAGCCGACUGGGCGAUGUUUCGCAACAUUGGGCUGGCAGGAGAGGAGGUUCAGCUUCAAAUGACGGGGGCGGCGCAGAGGCGUUACACGCGGAGCUGCUUUCGGCAUACUUUAAUUGGAAGGGGGAUGGCAAGUGGCUUCAGCGAAAAAUUAAGACGGAAGCUUCCGACAAAGAUUCGGAGCGACAUUUUUUCCAGUUUGGAUGGCUGGAUAGUGUUGGCUGGUAUAAGCACAGCACUUUGCAGAUUGCUUUGGCCUCCUAUGAGACCGUGCCGGACAUUCAAGCUUACGACCAUCUGCCCAUGAUCGCGACAAUGAGAGUCACUGCGUGA